AUUAAGGAGUAAGGAGUAAGGAAGAAGAAGUGUAGCAUAAACACCAUUCCCACGCCUUGCAAAUUACCUUUUCUUCUCUCUGAAUCUGAAUCUCGUCGUCUUCUUCUUCUUCUUCUGAAUCUCUUCAUCACAUACACUCUCAUUCGUUCUUCAUGAGCACUACUCAACCGCUUCCACUUUCAGUUUCAGGGGGCGCAAGCCCGUUCUCAAUGUCAGGGUUCACGCGUCUCUGCAAAGGCCUCGUUGUGGUGCUCGUUGCUGCUCACAUUGUCGUUACCGUCUUCCCCUCUGCCGUUACCUACGUCGCUCUCAUUCCCGCAAGGACAAUCCCAUUUGGCUGGAACCUUAUUACAGCUGGUUACAUUGAACAAUCUAUAUAUGGGGUAGUGGUCAACACCAUUGGUCUUCUGUUCAUUGGGAAGCUGCUUGAACCAGUUUGGGGUCCUAGGGAAUUCAUAAAGUUUAUCUUUAUAGUUAACGUUCUGACUUCUGUGUGUAUUUUCAUCACUGCUAUUUCUUUAUACUACAUUAAGACGCAGGAGACUUACCUUUAUAUGCCACUUUCUGGAUUUCAUGGGGUAAUAUCCGGUUUGUUGGUCGGCAUCAAGCAAAUCAUACCAGAUCAAGAACUUCCUGCCCUUAAGAUAAAAAUGAAGUGGUUGCCGUCUAUCAAUGUAUUGUGUUCUAUUGCUACGAGCUUCUUCACGCUGGAGGCAAUGUCAUAUCUUCCAGCUAUAAUAUUUGGCACAUACAUGAGCUGGAUUUACCUUAGGUACUGGCAGAGGAAAUCAGAAACAAAGUAUAGGGGUGACCCAAGCGAGGAUUUUGCAUUCUCUACAUUUUUCCCUGAGAUUUUAAGGCCAGUUAUAGACCCUAUUGCAUCAAUAUUUCAUCGAAUGCUAUGUGGAAGAUCCAGUGCAUCUAAUGAUGCUCAAGGCUACUCCCUAGGAGCUGAACCUUUGCCCGGUUCUGACUCCAUUGAGGCAACUAGGAGACGGGAAAGAGGCGCAAGAGCACUGGAAGAAAGGUUGGCUGCUGCAAAGAGUGCAGGAGAGUUGCCAACAGAUGCUGCACAAAAUGUAUGAUUUGUUAGCUAUUUUUGUAAAUUCUGAAUAGUUCGGCGAAAUGAAGCUAUCGAAAUUGUUAAUGUUCCAGAGCUGUUAAAGUAAUGAAAAACAUUUUUGUGAUUUCGUCCGUGUCCAUGAGCAAGAUUCUUAAUGUGCAUUUUUGGCUUGGACUGAUAUUUUUAUGAAACUUUAAAGUUUCUCUUUGUUGUGCAUUUUCCAAAUUAAAUAUGUAAAAAAGUGGUGUAUUUAUUUCC